GGGAUUCCACGGUGGGACGGGCCGACUCUGCAAAUGGCUACGAGGUGCAAUUUGUCGAUUUCUUCAUCGUUAAUCUCUUCUCCUGCUGCUCGGAAGAAAGCGCACACCCGCUCUACUUCGCAGGCAGCCCUCAGGUGUCAGUGUCAUAACACUGAGUGACGCCAGCUGCGUGGGUUCAUCCAAAAUAAACCUUACCUUAUUGCUUUUGAGAGUUUGACUGAAGUCAGCAGGAGAGGUCGAACGAGUGGCAGAAGACACGAGUGUUGCACCCGCACUCCUUCACCGGGGCUAUGGAGGAGGAGGGGCAGCGUAGUCUGGAGUGCAUCCAGGCCAAUCAGAUCUUCCCUCGCAAGCCCCCUGUCCUGGAGGAAGAGGAUCUUCAGGUGCCCUUCCCAGAACUGCAUGGCGAGUUUACGGAGUAUGUGGGCAGGGCAGAGGAUGCCGUCAUCGCCAUAUCCCGCUACCGCCUGCACAUCAAGUUCAAGGAGUCGGUUGUUAAUGUUCCCCUACAGCUGAUAGAAUGUGUAGAGUGUCGGGACAUGUUUCAACUGCACAUCACCUGCAAAGACUGCAAGAUCGUCAGGUGUCAGUUUUCCACAUUUGAGCAGUGUCAGGAGUGGCUGAAGAGGUUGACCGCCGCGGUCCGUCCCCCGUCCCGGAUAGAGGAGCUCUUUUCCUUCGCCUUCCAUGCGUGGUGUGUAGAUCUUUACACAGGAGAGAAAGAGCAGCACGGAGAUCUGUGUCGGCCAGGUGAUCACGUGAUGUCCCGUUUCCAUAAUGAAGUAGACCGGAUGGGCUUCGACACUCAGAACGCCUGGAGAGUCUCUGAGAUCAACAACAAGUACAAGUUGUGUUCCAGCUAUCCUCAACUGCUGCUGGUGCCAGCCUGGAUUACUGAUAAGGAGCUGGAGAAUGUGGCGGCCUUUCGCUCCUGGAAGAGGAUUCCAGCCGUGGUUUACAGGCACCAGAGCACCGGGGCAGUGAUCGCUCGCUGUGGUCAGCCUGAGGUCAGCUGGUGGGGCUGGAGGAACGCAGAUGAUGAGCAUCUGGUGCAGUCCAUUGCCAGAGCCUGUGCCGUGGACAGCAGCUCCUGUAAAGGCGUCUCUAACGGCUCCCUCUCCCGCGAGUACACUAAUGGAGCCGACCUCUCAGAUGUGGACUUCGACUCGUCCAUGACUAACAGCUCAGAGGUAGAGACGCUGGCCAUUCAGCCCCGAAAGCUCCUGAUUCUGGACGCCAGGUCAUAUGCUGCUGCCGUAGCCAACAGAGCCAAAGGAGGAGGCUGCGAAUGUCCAGAGUACUAUCCUAACUGUGAGGUGGUGUUUAUGGGUAUGGCCAACAUCCAUUCCAUCCGCAAGAGUUUCCAGUCUCUGCGCUUCCUCUGCACCCAGAUGCCUGAUCCAGCCAACUGGCUGUCUGCUCUGGAGAGCACGAAGUGGCUUCAGCAUCUGUCUCUCCUGCUCAAGGCAUCUCUUCUGGUGAUGAACGCUGUAGAUCGAGACCAACGGCCCGUCCUGGUGCACUGCUCCGACGGCUGGGAUCGAACCCCUCAGAUAGUUGCGCUGGCCAAACUCCUGCUGGACCCAUACUACCGCACCAUCGAGGGUUUUCAAGUACUGGUCGAAACCGAGUGGUUGGACUUUGGUCACAAGUUCGCAGACCGAUGUGGUCAUGGAGAAAACGCAGAAGACCUGAACGAGAGAUGUCCAGUCUUCCUCCAGUGGCUGGACUGUGUGCACCAGCUCCAGAGACAAUUCCCAUGCUCCUUUGAGUUCAACGAAGCCUUUCUGGUGAAGCUAGUUCAGCACACAUACUCGUGUCUGUUCGGGACAUUCCUGUGUAACAGCGGGAAGGAAAGAGAAGACCGACACAUCCAGGAGAGAACCUGCUCUGUUUGGUCUCUCCUCAGAGCCGCCAACCGCUCCUUUGGAAACAUGCUGUACUCCUCACAUUCAGAGACCGUGCUUCAUCCUGUGUGUCAUGUGCGCAAUCUGAUGUUGUGGACAGCAGUUUACCUUCCCAGCUCUUCACCCACAACCCCUUCAGAUGACUCCUGUGCCCCUUACCCUGCACCUGGUGCCAACCCUGAGGAUCAGCCCCUGGGCAGACGUCCUAAAACCCGCUCGUUUGAUAACUUGCCCAGUGCUUGUGAAGUGGGAAACCCACUGACGUCCAAUCGACGAUCCAGUGACCCUAGUUUGAAUGAGAAAUGGCAGGACCAUCGCAGGUCUCUGGAGCUCAACAUCGGGGCUGGGACUGAUGGAGCUGCAUCUCCAGAGCCAGAGGAAAGGGUCAACGGGCAAACCAUGGUGGGGAUUAUUGGAACAUUCUCCAAUGGGGGAGCAGAGAAUGGGGAGGGGCUUAAGGAUGUCAAAUUGCCAAUGAUAGAUGGGGUUGAUGAGGCGGAGCUAACAGUGGGUGUGGCUGUGGGCCAAAUGGAGAACAUUCUCCAGGAAGCCACGAAAGAUGAAUCAACACCAGAUACUCGCAGUGUCGCAAAGAGUAAUGAAACCUCCGCUGUAAAUGGAAAGAGUGAUGAUAUUGCACAGGAGGGUAGAACUGAGGACGAUCUAGAGAGCAAAAGUCUUGAGGACGGGAAGGUCAACGGACAUUGUUCGGAAGAUGGCAGUUCUGAAGCAUCAUCGGCUCUCAGCCAGGAUAGUUCAGGAAGCCAGGACUCUGAAGAAAUUGAGAAGUACACAACACAAGAAAACGAUUCAUCAUGCAACCCAACUAUAUUAACUCCCAACGGCCUCAGGACUCUAACCAACGGCCAUGGAGUUGAACCAUCCAUCGAGCAGGCCGAAAAACGUCUUUCACUUCUAGAAAGCUCCACAGAGACACUGACCGAGGAUUUGGGCGUUCGGCCAGAAAGCCUGGGACCUUUAUCUAUUCCACCCCCUCUCAAAGCCCUCGCCGAAUCAUCGUGCCUCAAACAGGGUUUACGCACAGCAGCCAGAACUUUAAAUAACACCCCAAAACGGGCUUCUCUCAGUGCCUUUCCGCCCGCCUCCACUGACCUCCUCCACCCCAUGUGUAACGGAGACUCGCCCGACCCUGAGCCCUCCACGCCACGCACAAACGGAGAACGGGCCACGCUCAGCCGGCAGGUUUCGCUGGCCAGCUGUGGCUCUCUGACCCUCCAUGCACGGGGCACCUGCUCCCACCAUCGCUGCCUGCAUUUGGGGUUUCUGGGCCGGCCGAGCUUCAGCCCUCCAGAGCCUCCAUCAUCAUCAUCCCGGAGCCAUCUGGAUGACGAUGGGUUGACCCUGCACACGGACGCCAUCCAGCAGAGGCUGCGGCAAAUCGAGGCGGGACACCAGCUCGAGGUGGAGGCUCUGAAGAGGCAGGUUCAGGAGCUCUGGAGUCGCCUGGAGAGCCACCAGGCUGGUGGGAUGCUGCGGCUCAACGGAGACAUCGGAGAUGAAGUGACCUCAAUCACAGACUCUGACUUCAACCUGGAGCCGAACUGUCUGUCGCGCUGCAGCACUGAACUCUUCUCUGAAGCCAGCUGGGAACAGGUGGACAAGCAGGACACUGAGGUGACCCGGUGGUACCCAGACCAUCUGGCUGCUCAGUGCUACGGCUGUGAGAGAGGAUUCUGGCUGGCCACUAGAAAGCACCACUGCAGGAAUUGUGGGAACGUGUUCUGCGGCAGCUGCUGCGAUCAGAAGAUCCCAGUGCCGAGCCAACAGCUGUUUGAGCCCAGUCGAGUGUGCAGGUCGUGUUUCAGCAAUCUGCAGCCGCCAGCGCCCCCUCUGGACCUGGAGCUGGACAAACCCAUCACCGCCAGUUCCAACUGACCCAAAAUAACCCAAAAAAGAGACCCAAGCGCUUUCUUUCCCGCCCCAAAGGAAAGGGAAUCAUGUGUAUAUAAAUAUAUAUAUAUAUAUAUAUAUAUAUAUGGCAGGAGGAGCUGGCGUUUGCGGAUCAGACUCUUUUGCGAUGAAACUUGUCCUGUACCUGCUGCAUAGAGGGAUUUUUGUUUUGUUUUGUUUGUUUUUUUUUUUCUCCAAGCAAGAUUUUUCUUCCCUCAUCAUCUCACAAGAAAGUAGAUUUAUUAUAAAUCCUGGCUUCACUUUUCAUUUCUUUUUCCGAGGUUGCACACGUGAUUCUGGAUGCCACAGCGUUCGAACUUCCGAACGCAUCGAAUUAUUAUUACUACAGACUAUUGGUAAGUUAUUCCAAAACAUGUUGGCAGGAAGUGAUGUCAGCAGCAGAGGGCGCUCUUGUCUUUCGGAUCUGCUGGUUUAGACGUGACGUUCUCACGUAAGCGUUUUUUUUUUUGUAACAUAAAUGCGAGACAAAUGAGAUAAUAUAUUAGAAUGAUAUACGGACGAGACAUAUAGCAUUUAAGAUGAGAACUUGUAUAGAAUUCUUGAAUAGUGGCUCACUAAAUUAGUCACCAAAUAUAAGUUGUGUUGUUUUUCCCCCCAGUUGUAGCCAUUUGGGGUUUUGUUUUCUUUAUUUUUUGUAAAUGCAUUUCUUUAUUUCAGCGUUUGGUUCAUUUGUCCUCUUAGCGAUGCUGAACAGACGGAUGGAGAUGCUGCAUUUGGGCCACAGAUGGUGUUUUUGAUAUUUUGGCUCUCGACUCUUAUUUAUUAUCAAGUUUUGUUUGAAUUGUAUGUUCAAGCUUGACAAUUCAUCCAUGAUCAGUGUUGAUGGAAGACAUUGCACUGAAGAAAAAAUUAGAGAAAGGACGCACAAAAUUACAAUCACAGCUUUUUUUUUUGUUGUUUGGCUUCACAUUUUAUUGACUUUAUGAAUAAAUCAGAUCACUUUUCGGAGGGUAACUCUCUCAAAGUCAUUUACUUGCUUUCAUGUCAGCCCAAAUUGGCAGAAUGACAACUUUGGAAUCAACUUUUUUUAUAUAAUGGCUUUAAGUGGAAUGGUGUUUAUGGAAAAAGUUCAAACU